AAAGCGAAGGGUCUCAAUUCAGAAGCUUUAGCACAACUACAGCACGAUGCUUGCAGCAAGCACAAAACUAGACUGCAGUCUGCAGUGGCCACUGGAUGAGAAAACUAAGAUGAGUUCCUUGCAGACCCAACAUGCAGCGAGUGAAGACGCAUCCGUUUGAUCAAAGCAGAGUUCAAUUCUCUGCUGUCUUUAUAUUAAGUCUUGCUGCCAUGAUGCUGAGACUUGUUACUUCCGAGAGCAGUCUUUGUGUUUGAUAUCCUUCCUGUUGGGUCUGCAAAAGUCCAGCCUUUGGGUGAUGCUAGUUUCAGAGAGUACAGCAAUUCCUUCAUCGUUGUCAUGCUCACUUGAGUUGGAUCCACUACUGAGGGAUCUUGUUGAGAAGAAACUAAGCCUGAAGAGGAAUGUGACUGCAAUGGCUACCGAGCUCAGGGAUGCCAGGAACAGGCUUGCUUCACAGGAACUGUUGCUGGCUCAGGAGAUAGAAGCCAGAAAGGUUGCUGAGCUAAAGACGAGAAAUUUGGAGGAUGAGGUGAGCAAGCUGCAGAAAUGCUUAGGGGACAAAGAUGAGCAGUUGCGUGCAUCGCUAUGUAGCGCAGAUCAGUUCCGCAAUGAGUUGGAUGGUUUCAGAUCACAACUUCCAGUGAUGACAACGCUGCUGCACUGCUCAUAUUUGUUAGGAAAGCUGAAUGAUAGGAACAAUUCGAUGAGUGAGGGUGAAUUUCCGGUGAACAAUUUAGCAGAACAGCUCAAUCAUCUUGAAAAGUGCCUCGAGAGCAGGGAUCCCACACUAAGACAAUUCAAAGAUUGUUACUCUUUGAGAACCGAGUCUGACAUCACGGAUGCCUUUGCCAGAGUUGCAUUUGAUAACGAUGAUGGUGUGGCCAAGCCGGGAGAGGAUAUAAGGGCGCUAUCUGCUCACUGGGUAAACAGAAGCAAGGAACUGGAAUCACAGUUGGAUCAGCAUCGGAGGACAGCCCAGGAGCUGAAGAGGAGGGUAAUGAGACUUGAACUCUGCAUCCUAGAACCAUAUGGAAACUCCAUAGGCUAAGAAAUCAGAUGGCCGUGCAGCAGCCCACUUGUAGUGGCUCAGGCGAGAAGCGCAAUCUCUGGGAGAGCUCAGCCUUCAAGCUCAUAGCAUCCGUGUCAAUGUUGGUCCUAUUUACACUUGCAAACCGAUGAGCUCUCACGGUCUCGCUUUUGCGUACAGAAAAUAUAAACGUUCAUGUUUGAAUGUUUGAAUUGCUGUGAAACGGACAUUUGUUCUCAACAUC